AUGGCGCCCAUGUUUAGGCAAUAUCACCUGUUCCCCACUGACCAUGUCCCCAAUUCACCUCGCCCACUUCUUCAUUAUAAGAACGUCUUGGCUAUGAAGGGCGGCAAGUCGCACUGUGACCCUGGCGAGGUUUGGGUCAUGUUUACAAACAAUGAGUGGAGAGUUGCUUGGAUCUUUCGAUAUGGGCAAACCCAACUAUCCCAUUUCCACUCCGAGGCUCAUGAGUGCAUGGCAGUCCUUUCGGGAACGGCAUCGAUUCGUUUCGGUGUUGCCGAUCUAUCAGAGGACCUUGAUAAAAACACAUAUGGGUCGGCUUGGGAGGCCGGUGGUACUACGCUAGAAGCAGAAGCGGGUGAUGUGUUUGUUAUACCUGCUGGUGUUGCUCAUAAAACCCAUAACUGCAAGCCCGAGGCUGAAUUCCGACUCAUGUCUCCCGGAAACGCCCAUGGCAUCGAGGCAGAUGAUCCCAAGAGUAGCCUCUCUGCACUUGAUCUUACCGGCUAUACUAUGAUGGGGGCUUAUAAUGGGGGCGACUGGGACUUUGUGCAAAAGGGUGGGAUGUUUGAGAAGUCCUGGGUUGUUCCCAAACCAAAAUUUGACCCUGUUUUUGGUGAUUCGGAACAAGGGCUGAUCAAAACCUGGUCAGGCAAUAAUAAGAAUCCGGAAGGCCUCAGAGUAAACUUUGAUAAAAACGGUAAUGCUGUCAACACUCCACUCUCUAGCUCAAGGCCUCCAAAGGCUCGCCUCUAG